GAGGGAAUUGAAGGAAUAACAGCAGAGAGUGUGUGAAUGUGUGAAACUGCAGCUGGAGCAGGUCGUGUGUUUGCUUUAGCAUGCACGACUGGGGCCCCCUCUGAUUGGUUGGCACGUUGGACUGGGGUGCUCUUGGGGCUCCAAAACCCCCUCUGAUUGCUUUGGUUGAGGGAUGAACGAAGAAGGAACAGUGUGAGAGCGAAGCACGGGCAGCACAAUCUACCAGACACCAAAAGAGGCAUGGACCAAUCCACUGCGGCUGCUGUCGUAUUACUGGCUUCUCUCUUGCUCCUGAGCUCACGGACCGCGCGUUCAGAGGAAGACAGGGACAUGCUCUGGGACGCUUGGGGAACAUGGAGUGAAUGUUCUCGCACAUGUGGGGGAGGAGCUUCCUAUUCACUCAGACGGUGCCUCAGCUCAAAAACUUGUGAGGGGCAGAAUAUCAAAUACCGCACAUGUAGCAAUGUGGACUGUCCACCAGAUUCUGAAGACUUUCGUGCUCAGCAGUGCUCGGCUCAUGCGGAUGUUCGCUAUCAGGGUCACUACCAUGAAUGGCUUACAGUGGAUAAUGACCCUGAAAAUCCUUGCGCCCUCAAGUGCCAAGCUAAAGCCACUGGACAGGUUGUGGAGCUGGCACCUAAAGUGCUGGAUGGGACACGGUGUUACACAGAAUCUCUUGAUAUGUGCAUAAACGGAGCCUGUCAGAUUGUUGGCUGUGACCAUGAAUUAGGGAGCACAGUUAAAGUGGACAACUGUGGAGUGUGCAAUGGAGAUGGCUCCUCAUGUCGCCUAGUUAGGGGGAACUACAAAUCCCAACAUGCCGCAGAAAAGACUGAAGACACCGUGAUCAUUAUUCCGUAUGGGAGUCGACACGUUCGCUUGAUUCUUAAAGGCCCGGAUCACUUGUUUCUGGAAAGUAAGACUCUGCAAGGCCUGAAGGAUGAACUCUCCCUGGAUAAAACCUGGCAGUAUGUGUUGGAGAACACCACUGUUGACUUUCAACAGCUCUCGGAUAAGGAGGUCCUGAGAAUAACUGGACCACUUGGCGCCGACUUCACUGUCAAAGUAAAAUACACAAAUGGAGCAGACAGCGUGAUCCAGUUCAUUUUCUACCAGCCCAUAGUCCAUCGCUGGAGAGAGACUGACUUCUUUCCUUGUUCGGUCACCUGUGGAGGGGGGUAUCAGUUGACAUCAGCAGAAUGUUUUGACCUUCGGAGUAACCAUGUGGUGGUAGACCAGUACUGCCACUAUUACCCUGAGAAUGUUAAACCCAAACCCAAACUACAGGAGUGCAAUAUGGACCCGUGUCCUGCAAUUGAUGGUUACAAGCAGAUCAUGCCCUAUGACCUUUACCACCCUUUACCACGGUGGGAGAGCAGCCCCUGGACAACCUGUUCCACAUCAUGCGGUGGGGGGGUCCAGAGCCGCUUGGUCUCCUGUGUGGAAGAAGAUAUGCAAGGCAACAUCAACCCUACAGAUGAAUGGAAGUGUCUGUAUGCACCAAAGACACCAAUUCUACAGCCAUGCAAUGCCUUUGACUGUCCAACAUGGCUGGCACAAGAGUGGUCACCGUGCACAGUGACAUGUGGACAGGGUCUGCGUUACAGAGUGGUCUUGUGUAUAGAUCACAGAGGUCUGCAUGCUGGAGGCUGCAAUCCCACCACUAAACCACACAUCAAGGAAGAAUGCCUUGUCACAGUGCCUUGCUACAAACCCAUUGAGAAACUGCCUGUGGAAGCAAAGCCUCCUUGGUUCAAGCAGGCCAUAGAGUUGGAAGAAGACACCGCUUUAUCUGAAGAACCCAUGUUCAUCAGAGGAGCAUGGGGUCUGUGUAGCAGAACGUGUGGUGCUGGUACUCAGAGGAGAACAGUGAAGUGUCAGAUACUUUUGUCCUUCUCACAGACAAUCGCAGACCUCCCAGACGAUGAGUGUGAGGGCCAGAAACCUCCAGAGACUCAGCCCUGUUACCGAACCCCGUGCCCUGGAGGACGAGCAGAAGAGGAGAGUGGGAUGGAAGUUACUUUCACCUCAGAGAAAGAGGAACUCCAUGACUGGGAGUAUGAGGGCUUCACUGAGUGCUCAGAGACUUGUGGCGGUGGAAUGCAGGAGGCUGUGGUGAUCUGUCUAAAUAAGCAAACCAGAGAGACUGCCGAUGAGAAGCUAUGUGUUAGUGCACGUCGGCCUCCUCAGCUUCUACAGAGCUGCAAAACUGAGCCAUGCCCUCCCAGGUGGGAGAUGGAGUCUUGGAGCUUCUGUUCGGCCACUUGUGGGGUUGGUCUCCAGACACGUGCUGUAACUUGCAUUCUAAGAGCAGGAUCACAAAGCAACCACACAGAGAAAGUCAAAGACGAGAACUGUCAGCAGCUCAAGCCCAGCUCAGUCCAGGCCUGCAAUCGCUUUGAUUGUCCACCCACGUGGGAUGUCCAGGAAUGGAGUCAGUGCUCUCGUAGCUGUGGAGGAGGCAGUCAAAAGAGAGAGGUCGUCUGCAAGCAGCGGAUGUCAGACGGAAGUGUACUAGAACUACCUGAAACAUUCUGCCCCUCUCCGAGUUUACCCUCCAUUCAGCAAUGCGGCAAAGUGGACUGUGCUGCUCAGUGGAUCUCCACAAACUGGACUCAGUGUUCUGCUUCUUGUGGAGAAGGAACCCAGAGAUUGCUAGUGGUGUGUAAGGUCCUGGGAGAAAAAGGACAAUACAGAAUGAUGGUUCCUGAUGCUUGUGCCACUGUUCCAAAACCACCAACUGUCCGAUCAUGCUUCCUUAGACCUUGUGAAAAGAUUUUCAAGCCAGCAGUUGUAAAAACCAAGCCUACCAUUCUGGCUCAAAGAAAAGUCUACAUUCAGUGGAGAAAAGGCAAGAAGCUACACUUUGUGGUGGGCGGUUAUGCCUACUUACUGCCAUGGACAUCUGUGGUGCUUCGCUGCCCUACCCGUUAUUUCCGCAGGGGCCAUGUGCACUGGCUGAAAGAUGGUAAACCACUUGAAAUUAUGGGCCAUGUAUCCAUAUCACAUGUGGGUUACUUAAAGAUCCAGCAGCUGCAUGCUUCUGAUGCUGGGACUUACACUUGUAUUGCUGGCCAAGCUCAAGAGAACUUUGUCCUGAAGCUUAUCGGCAGCAAGCGGAAGCUGUUGGUGCCAGAAGCAGACUUGUGGACUACUGAUGGUAUAAACACCUCACCAAAACUUCACCAAACUUCAUCUGCUUCUGAAGGCAGAGACAAAGAGUUAUCUUUGAACCAUUACGAUGCUAUCGUUCAGCACUUACUUGACUUGAAGGAAUUGCCAUUUGAGGGAGUGAACUCCAAGGAAUUGCUGGAUUCCUCUGAGAAAAAUAGUUCCAACCUGGAGGAAUACACAAUUAUGGAUUCUUUAAGACCUCAAAUGCUCAUUGCAUAUAUGCCCAGGCUUGAUGAGGUCACCCGUAAUCUGUCUGGAGCAUUCCAUGAGAGAGAUGGGCUUAUCACUCAGCUACUAGAAGAACUUACAAAGAGCCACAAGGAGAACAAUGAAUCCACUCGGCCACCACACAAAAGACCAGCGCACUCCUUGCGAAAUUCGACUUCUCAGAGAAGCAAACAGAAACAGGCUCCUCAUACCAGCAGGCAAUGGAGAGGACAGCUCAGAAGCCCAAUUAUCCUGCAGAAGUCUUCCAGAGACCAAAUCAAGAACCCUCAAGAAAUCGUGGAUUAUGUUGGAGGUCUUAUUUUAGUUCCAAGACACUCUGUCAGAUUAAAAAUCAAAUGUCAAGCACAGGGUAACCCAGAACCAGUGAUUGUAUGGUUUAAGGAUGGAAGGGAGCUAAAAAACAGUAGCAGAGUAGGCCUAAUGCCAGAUGGUUCCCUGCAUGUUCAUGCGCCAAAUGAGACAGACACUGGACUCUACAUCUGCACUGCCUCUAACCGUCAGGGCUCCACCUCGUUGUCCUCUCAAGUGCAAAUUACAGGAAGCUGUGUGAGCAGUGUGAGUGAGGGGAAUGGUUCUGUGUGCUUAAACACGACCAAGCUGUACAACUUCUGCCAUGGACAACAGUGUCCCCACAGGUGGCAGGUGUCCACUUGGUCGUCCUGCUCAGUGAGUUGUGGAGGAGGGAUUCAGAGUCGCAAUGUAAGCUGUCAGGAAUCUCCAGAAGGGUCAGAGUCUUGUGCCGGGAGGAAGCCAGCUUUAACCAGGCACUGUAACCUUCAACCUUGUGUUGGCUGGACAACCACUCCAUGGGGACACUGCAAAGGUCUUUGUGUUGGACUACGCCAAGCCCUUCAGUAUAGACACGUGUUCUGCCAAGAAAAGAACAGCACUAGAGUGGCACAUCUAAUGUGCAGUAGUCAACCAAGGCCUGCUUCACAGCGUAACUGCAUGACUGAAGCGUGUGCUUUGCAGUGGCGAGUUGGCCCUUGGACCCAUUGCACUGCCACAUGUGGUCGUCAUGGAUUCCAGUCCCGUCACGUCACUUGUGCCCACAGGCGAAGUGGGAAGCCAGCACGUGAGUUCCACUGUGCUUGGAAACCUCGACCAUCCAGCUGGCAGCGAUGUAACAUCCUGUCCUGUGGGAGAGGUGAAUGUCGGGACAGCACUAGGUACUGUGAAAAGGUUCGACAGCUAGAGCUUUGCCCACUGCCCCAGUUUAAAUCACGCUGCUGCCAAUCUUGCAAAGACACCUGAGGCUAAAUAUGGAUGGAAGUACAGAGAAGGGCAGAGAACAUUUAGAAAACAAGGAGGAGAUGACCCUAGCGCCCACUAAGCAACCCAACACAGACCCUCAAGGACCAGGGGUUUGUGCUGGGUUAUAUUAACUGGGAUUGGUGGAUUCUAGAGAAAACAGCUCUCACAAGCAACCCUGUAAAGAAUAUAAAUAGGAAUUGAACACACAAAUAUAUUAUUAAUAAGACUAUGACCUUGUUUUGACUUCAGUGAAGGUUUCGAAUAGAUUUCUUCUUUUUUAUGUGUUGAGUAUUAUGGUCUGCAGAUAUGUGACUUUUGUUAGUGUUCACUGGACGUUUAUGACUCUGCUCCUGCAAAGACACUGUCAGAUAUGGUAAAGAUCUAUAAACUGGAGUUUCUGCAUUUUAUAUGCUUAAACUACACCACUUGGAAAAUAAUAAUGGCCAAAUUUUGGAAGACUGUCAUUAAGAUAUCUACCAUGCUCUCACUUUUUAAAAAUGUAGCAUUACCUUUGAGAAUGUGUAAUUUUAUUUUCAUUUAAAGACUCUUUGACACAGAGCCAACAACAAUGGCUAAUAUUAUGCAUACCCUUCAUGCAAAGUGUAUUGAGGUACAACAGUUUGUUUCUGGCAUUCGAUGUAUUUUAUUUUUAUGUAGCACUACAUCUUUGCCAAGUUCUGGUUGACACUUAAAGGGAUAGUUCAUCCAAAAAUUUCUCUCAUUAUUUAAUCACAUGACUCCAGUGGUUUAAUAUAUAGAAAAGGGGUCUUUAGAAGCUAUAGUAUAUGAUAGGUGUGGGUAAGAAACAGAUCAAUGUUUAAGUCCUUUUUUACUAUAAAUCUCCACUUUCACAUUCUUUCACAUAUUGAAAGUGAAAGUGAAGAUUUAUAGUAAAAAAUGUGGCCUUUAUGUGAUUUUUGGAGCUUGAAAGUUCUGGUCACCAUUAAAUUGCAUUGUAAGGAACAACAGAGCUGAGAUCUUCUUCUAAAAUUAUUUGUUUGUGUUCUACAGAAGAAAGACACACAUCUGGCAUGGCAUGAGGGUAAUAAAAUGAGUUUUUAUUUUUGGGUAAACUACACUUUAAACCUUACUAACACAAACAUCUUGUGUUUUAAAGGUUCACAAAAUUCCAGACUUGUGCUAUCACAUUUUUUAAGUUUACAGUGGAACAUGGCAACACCCAUGUUAAUGAGAGCAUAUUCAAUUAACCUAAUCCUUGUGAUCCAGAAAGCUAAUAUUCAAAAUCAAAAUUACAUACUGCAGCUUAAACAUACACUGAUCAGCCAUAUCAUUAAAAUCACCUUCCUAAUACUGUGUAGG